UUAUCAAAAACUAAGUACAGUAGCGAUAACUAUUAUUUAUGUUCCAAGUUAAUUCCUUAUAUAAAGUGAGCAAGCAAAAGAUUAAAGUUACAUUCGUGGUGGAACAAAGAUGGCGUCACUGUGCUGGGCUGUUCUUCUAUUAGCAGGAGUAGCGUACUCCUCAGAACUGGGUACUCAGACCUCAAUAGAGAAGUACCCGAGCCUGGCGCAGGUGGAGAGCCGAGCUGGUCUGCUGUGGCUGCAGCAGUGCGUCUCCAGCGUCCUCACCUCCUACCACGUUCUGUCCACCGCUAGGUGCUUCUCAGGAGUCAACUACUCAGACAGCAACCGCCGCAUCAGAGCAGGUACCUCCUACCGUGGCACCGAUGGCCUCGUGCGCGAGGUCCAGAGGGUCUACUACAACCCCUCCUGGGGUCUACUGGACAAUGAUGGGGACAUCGCCGUAGUUCGAUUGGAGACAGCCCUGACUCUGGGCGCUAAUAUCCAGCAGGCGGCCAUUCUUGGAGAAGGCAUCUACUUGCCUUAUGGACUGAAUAUUCAGCUGGUGGGAUGGGGAACUACUGCUGAGGGCGGCAACCUAGGAAACAGCAACCUUUACGAAUUGGACCUAUACACAGUCAACACCGACGACUGCCUGGAAACCUACCUCGGUUUAGACUUGGAGAACAACACUAUCACAGAAAACAUGAUCUGCGCUGGUCUGCGGAACACCCAGGGUCGUGACCUUGACACGAGAGAUGAGGGAGCUCCUAUCUUCUACUCUGGCGUCACUGUAGGAGUGGUUUCCUUCGGAGUCUCAAGAGGAGAUGACAGUAUACCCAUCGUCAGCACGAACAUCGGUACUUAUAGUAACUGGAUCGUAGAAGCAGCUAGAUAUUAAACCUUCCUUUUUAGGAUGGUUCAUUUUGAACUGUUAAUCUGAAUAUUUGACUGGUAUCAAGAAUUGGUUAAGAUUAAUUUUAAGGUUUAUGUUUAUAGAGUUUUGGAAUAUUAAACUUUUUUGAACGAA